AUGGCCGGCGACCUCGACGGCGAGGCAAUCUCUAUCCCUAUUGGCAUUACAGUCGGCCUACUUGCUUCAUUUGUACAAUCCUUAGGUCUCACUAUCCAGCGCAAGAGCCAUGUCAUAAACCAAUCGCUGCCGGAGGAACAGCAGAAGGUGGAACGCCGCAGGCCUCUAUGGCUGUUAGGCUUUGCAAUAUUCAUCUCAUCAAACCUCUUUGGCUCCGUCUUUCAGAUUGCCUCCCUCCCCGUCGUGAUUCUUGCGCCACUGGGCGCCGUGUCACUUCUUUGGAAUGCCUUCUUCGCCCGCAUCCUCUUAGGAGACGUGUUCUCCGUGUGGAUGCUCAUCGGGACGCUGCUCAUCGCCGGCGGUGCCGUCCUCAUCGCCAUCUUCGGCAUUGUACCUGAACCAACCCACUCUCUUGAAGAUCUACUGGAGCUGUUCAAUCGCCCCCUGUUUAUUGUAUAUUUUUCUCUCCUAGGCCUGACAACGAUAGUCUCUCUCGCCAUCACUCACAUCAUUGAGUAUUCCUAUAAGCGACGCAUCUCAUUGCCUAGUGUCUCGCCACCACUGUCUCCCCUCCUUGCAUCGAACACUCAACCAUCUAUCCUGACGACCGCAAUGACGGAUUCAUUCGUCGCCGACCCCAGCGAACGGACACCUCUCCUCGACCGCAAGCCUCAUCCACGUUUCGAUGACCGCUCAAAGUCCCCGUCUCCCUCAGGCAGCUCGUCCAGCCGUUCCAUUCUCUCCAAUGUUAUCUCCUUAAAGACCCAAUCCACACGGACACCUCUCUUUAUGGCUGCCUCCUAUGCAUCAUUCUCAGGAAUCAUCUCUGGCAUGUGCCUCCUGUUCGCGAAGAGCGGAGUAGAGCUCCUGAUGCUCACUAUUGGCGGAGACAACCAGUUCUGGAGAUGGCAAGCCUGGGCUCUCUUACUCAGUUUGGGAGUCUGUGCUCUCCUGCAGCUAUGGUACAUGCACAAGAGCCUGAUUCUGGCAGACCCAACUGUCAUAUGUCCACUGGCAUUCUGCUUGUACAAUCUCUCGUCCAUCUUCAAUGGUCUCGUGUAUUUCGAUCAAUUCUCCCUCCUGUCCACCAUGCAGCUUCUGCUCGUCCUGCUUGGAAUCUUGAUCCUGCUCGCAGGCGUUUGGAUCGUCAGCUUCCCGCCUACUGGCGGCUACAGCAUAGGUAUCGGCGCCUGGGCCGAGGACGACCGCGACGAUCGUUCUGACAUUAGCGCAGACGAGUCCACGCUACAGAAUGAGAGCGAGGACGAGGAGAACGAUGACGAACCACUGCGUCGUCGCUCGCGCGCUAUGACCGUGCCAAGCAGCUCAUUCGGCGAAGCCAUCGGCAUGGACCGCGUUCCGCGAGAAGUCGAAGUCAUCGCACAGCCCCCUUCACCCGUCGCCCCGGCCCAUGUCUCCUCCCCCAUCUUCACCACCUUUCCGGCACGACCACGCCGGCUACCUACCAACUCGCUUCGCCGUUCUCGCUCAUCGUAUGGGGGCGAAGGCGCAGUGCCGACUUCGCCGUCGUCUCGGCGACGACGCACCACGCUCGCAGCGCCGCUCAGCGUGCAGGGCCCGCUUGCGCCGAACGCGCCAGCGCUGCCCGCGUUUUCGAUCGGACUGUCGCCGAUGAGCCCGGGGUUCUCGCUCGUCCCGACGGAGAGAAGGCGGAGCAGGGUGGGGGCGGAGAGCAUGUGGAGGGCGGUGAGCGAUGGAGAUGUCCUUCGUGGGCAUGACGUCGAGGCGGGGCAGGCCGGAGCUCGAGAAGAGGGGUCGCCUGAGCUUGCGACGACGCGGCCCGCGAAGGGGCGGUGGAAGCUGGUGCACAAUGUGUUCGGAACGUUGAGGAGAUGA